GGUGCAUACGGUAGGUAUAUCGAGUGGUUAUAGUUUACCCAAAGGACUACCGCUUUUCAAUAUACAGUACAACCCCAUCACCUCUACGGUAGUCCUUGCCAGAGAAGAUGAAGUCUUCCACUGUACUGUACUCCACCAUCAAUCAUCGCAUUACUACUUACACCCUCCCCAUCCCCAGCACAGCACACCCAAAGAGACAGCGCGAUCCACCCUUCCCUUCCAGUUCCAAACAGAGAACCAAACACCUCGCACCACCUGCAGCAACAACCUCAUCUACUAGAAAGCAGCAAGCAUCUCCCAAAACAGGCAACCCCUCAACAUGCCAAAGACAGGAUGAGGAAGGAAUACAAACAAGAACUCCUCCUCUCUAACGAAACUAAACCACAUCAGGCUAAUCCCCCAGCCAGCCAGCUCCGCACGACAACCGUUUGUUUGAUCCCAAUCUCAAAACGCUUCGCAUCGCCGUUCAUGAAAAGAUCAUCAGCUACCAAGAAAGCGAACAAACAUCG